UCACAUGCUCAAAUUAUAUAUAUACACAACCUAUAGAUAUAGACAAUUGGGUCUUCUUCAACAUUUGAGAGAGUCAGAACUCAUAAUUAAGGUAGAGGCAGAGACCAACAAUGGUGAGGGCUCCUUGUUGUGAAAAGAUGGGGUUGAAGAAGGGUCCAUGGAGUCCUGAAGAAGAUCAAAUACUCAUUAAUUACAUUAAUCUCUACGGACAUGGCAAUUGGAGAGCUCUCCCUAAACUAGCUGGGUUGUUGAGGUGUGGAAAGAGUUGCCGGCUCCGGUGGGCGAAUUAUUUGAAGCCGGACAUAAAGAGAGGGAAUUUCACCAGAGAAGAGGAGGAAACCAUUAUCAAGUUGCAUCAAAUGUUGGGGAAUAGAUGGUCGGCUAUUGCAGCAAGAUUACCAGGAAGAACAGACAAUGAGAUUAAAAAUGUUUGGCACACCCACUUGAAGAAGAGACUGAUCAGACACAAUCAACCACCCAUCAAUAUUCCCUCCAAAUUCACCAGAAUCCGAGAAGAACCACCGGUGAAUUUUCCGGUUCAUGAGCAGCCGUCCGACGCCACGGAUUGCUCGAGCGACGUUUCUUCCCUGACCACCGGCAAUAGCGACGACAACAACAAUAAUAAUCAUACGCACGUAAAGGUGGAGUACUCACAAGACAUGUUUCCUCAGAUGGAUGAGGAUUUUUGGUUUGAAGUGUUGUCCACCGAGAGUUCAGAGGCGAUUAGUGAUUUUGGGGCGGUUGGUGUUAACCAAGAACUUCACUAUUUAUCGCCGCCGACGGUGGAAGCUGGUUCAAGUAUGCAUGAUAACAUGGAGUUUUGGUAUAAUCUUCUUAGUAGAUCAGGGGAAUUACCAGAUUUGUUACCAGAUAUUUGAGGGGUUUUUUUUUUUUUUUUUUUAGGGAAUUUGAUAUACAUCAAUUGUUUGCAUUUAAUAAUUGCUAUGUAUGCUUGGAGAAUGUUGUAACCCACACAAGAAGUCACACAUUGAAAAAA